AUCAAGGCAGAUGCAGGACAAGAGCUCCACUUGGAAGUCCUGGAUUAUGUCUCAACUAACCUUGAAGGAGUGGUGCCAAACUACAAAAGUUUGCCAGUUGAUGAGUUCUGGGGGAAUCAAAUGUCCUGUAGACAUACACCCUUGGAGGGGGGUGUGAUGGUGCUACCUCCCGGAAAUGAGUUUUCGCAGGGUGGGAUGUCUGCAACUGUGUAUGACAAAAACUCCACUUGGACUGGGAGAGACAGAAGUCAUCAGAUGAAAAGACUGCUUGAACUAUUUAAGUGCAAUUUAACUACAACGAUGUAUUUAUUUAGAACCAAGGCGCAGCCUGCUGAAGCUGAGAAAAUGGAACAAUCACAAAGUAGAUGGAGGAACUAAACGGAUCAGGCAGCGUCUACAGAUAAACGUCGACCGUGCACUCCCCUGGCUGACCCGCUAAAAUCCUCCAGCUCCUUUGUGUUUCUUUAUAGUGCACAGAUUAUUUUAGAUGCUGCUUUGGAUAUGAGAACGUCUGAGAUACAAGCAUUUAGAGCAUUUUGUGGUGGGGAGAUAAUCCAAUGACACCCAAUAGCACGGCGUGCAGUUACCACUUUAAGUAGACGCAAAGGAAUUUUUAAUUCAAAAAGUUGUGACGACAGCAAAUUCCUCUUUGUGCAGUUCUAUUUUAAGAUAUUUUAAAGUGAAAUACUUAAAAUUACAUAGAAUGUGCAUAUUAAUAUAUUACUUCAAUUAAUAAGGUUCUGAAUAUACGACAAUAAUUAAAGGAAACAGCAUGUUUCAGGAAAACGGUCACUUUUGUUUUGCAAAACGAACCACUGCGACCUCUAACGACGUAACGUCUUGGAUUGAUUUUGCAAAUAUACGAUCAAAUAUUUUCCGUUUCAUUCUGUGCAGUUGUUCCAAAUUCCAUGCGGCUGAUUUCUCCUUGCUUGCAUCGAAGCAAAUUGUGCUUGAUUGUCUUUUGCGAAUAGUCCGUUGAACUGCGGUACGCAGUGUCGUGUGGGGGGAGAGAGGGGUACAGUGCCGGGUGAGUGAGUGGCUCAGAUCAUGGGCCGGCGAUGGGCGCACCCCGAGCAGCUGCUCCCUCUCUUGCUCAUGCUGCUGGCGUUGGGUUGCGUGGUGGCCUUGGUCUGCGAGCUGGGUAUUUACUACGCGGUGCUGCUGCGAUGUCACUGGCCCAAGUUGAAAGCUUCAGCCCAGCGCGGGCAGUACAGACCCUCAGCGCCAGUGCUCAGGGCUUUGUUCCUUGCUGAUACCCAUCUACUGGGAGCACUCAGAGGUCACUGGUUGGACAAACUAAGAAGGGAAUGGCAAAUGGAACGGGCCUUUCAGACGGCCAUGUGGCUCUUUGAACCAGAUGUUGUGUUUGUUCUUGGUGACCUGUUUGAUGAAGGAAAGUGGAGCUCCCCAAAGGACUUUCAGGAAGAUGUGAGGCGUUUUCAAAUAAUGUUCAGACAUUCUACCAACACAGAGUUGUUCGUAGUUGUUGGCAAUCAUGAUAUCGGCUUCCAUCACGAGAUGGAUUUGUACAAACUGAAGAGGUUUGAGUAUACGUUUAACUUCACCUCCGCUAAAGUGGUGUCGAGGAAAGGUAUAAAUUUUGUUCUAGUUAACAGCAUUGCUUUGCAUGGGGACGGUUGUUCCAUUUGCGAGAAAGUAGAAAAUGAUCUUCAUCAGCUCUCCUUGGCACUGAAUUGCUCCCGACAGCUGGAUUUAAAUCAUUCCAGUGAGAACUGUAAAGAUAAGGGAAUAUUCCCAGAAUAUUCCCCUCCUAUCUUACUUCAGCAUUAUCCCCUUUAUCGAGUCAGCGAUGCAGAGUGUACGGGUGAGGACUCUGCGUCCCCUGAGGAAAAGAAGCAGCUAUUCCAGGAGAGAUAUGACACCUUGUCUGCUGAAGCUUCUAAAAAGCUGCUGUGGUGGUUUCAGCCUCGUCUGAUCCUGAGUGGUCACACCCACAGUGCCUGCACUGUACUGCACGAGCAGCACCUCCCUGAGAUCAGCAUCCCUUCCUUCAGCUGGAGGAAUCGCAACAACCCCAGCUUCCUCCUGCAGGUGGCAGUUUGUCCACAGAAGAACUGGAGAGCACUACAUGGAUGAGUACCUGCAGCCAAUAGUGAAGCAUGGUGGACUUACCCUACAUGUUUGGGGCUGUAUUUCUGCAAACGGAGUUGAUGGAGCUGGUCAGAAAUAAUGGAACACUCAAUGCUGAAAAGUACAAGCAGAUUCUUAUCCAUCAUGGAAUGCCAUCAGGGAGACAUCUAAUCAAUUCCAUCUUAAUCCUGGUGGAGGUCAAUGACCCCAAACACAUGGCCAAGGUCAUAAAGAACUACCUUCAGCAAAAAGAAGAACAAUGAGUUCUACAACAGAUGGCAUGGCCUGUACGGAGCCCUGAUCUCAAUAUCACUGAGGUUGUCUGGGAUUACUGGAUGGACAGAAGCAAGCAAGAUUGCCAAAGUCUGCAGAAGAACUGUGACAAGUCCUCCAAAAUGCUUGGAACAACCUACCAGCUGAUUUUCUUGUAGAUCUGUAUGACAAUGUACCUAAGGGAAUUAAUGCGGUUUUUAAGACAGGGUUGUCACACCAAAUGUUGAUUUGAUUCAGGUUUUUACUGUUCUCUGCUCUUUAUAGUAAUUUUUUGAUGCUUAGAAACUUUUCAUUUAAUUGUUUUCGAAAGCAUCUUCGUUUUACAGGAUUUUUAUACAUGUGUCUAAGACUUUCGUAGCAUGCUCUCAGUGUUCUGCAAAACAAUGCGUAGCCAGUGAGGGUACAGAGGAGUAUUAGCUGGAUGCCGUUUGGAGUUGAGGAUAUAACUUAUGAGGAAAGAUUGGGCAAACUAGGCAUUUUCUCCUUGGACUGAAGGAGGAUGAGAGGUAACUUGAUAAAGGAUGUACAAGAUGAAAAUGGUUACUAUGAGUGGGGUUAAUUUUAAGGUGAUUGGAGGAAAGCAUAGGGGGAAUGUUAGAGGUAGGUUUCUUUACACAGAGAGUGGUGGGUGCAUGGAGCACUCUGCCAGGGGUGGUGGUAGAGACAAAUACUGUACAGUAGGAGCAGUUAACAAACUCUUGGAAAGGAACAUGUGGGAGGAAAGGAAUAGACGGCUCAUGGAGUAGGUUAAAACAUCAGUACAACAUUGGCAUGUACUGUGCUAUCCUGCCCUAUACUCCUAACUCAGUGGAAAACACUCACUGGUUGUAUUUGUCUUCCUGAACAGUAAGGGAAUGCUGCUGUAUGUUCCAGGCUGCUUCCUCUGCUGGGCAUGGAGGAGCUGAGAUCAGUGGCGAAGCCCCUCAAACAACAGAAGAGUUUAGUGAAAAUCUUGCUUGCAGCACCAUCGGUAUGUAGGUUCAGACAACACACAAAACAUAAAAUAUACUGAACAGUGAACAAAAAAUUGUGCUUAGUAAGACAUCAGUGCUAAAAUAGAACAUAGUAGAAACAAGUCCAUGGUAGUGUGAGAGAAUCUGCAUGAGGUUUUGGGGCACUUAUAAAAACAUAUUAAACACUUAUAAAAGAUUAUAAAAUAAGCUGGUCAGCAUGGUUUCCUUCAAGGGAGAUCCUGCAUUGACGAAUCUAUUGGAAUUUUUUGAGUAAGUAGCAAGUAGGAUAGACAAAGAGGAGUCAGUGGCUAGACGAGAUUCUGCAGAUUCAGAAAAUCUUCAGCAACCCACACAUACUGGAGGAAUGCCUGGUCUCACAAUUACAUGCCAGCUUGUAUGCUUCCCCCUGCACUCAACUUCUAAUUCUAGCUCCUGACUCUUUCAUUUCUAGUCCUGAUGAAUUCUUCCAGCAUUUUGUGAGUCAGUGGAUGCUAUUUACUUAGAUUUUCAGAAUGCUUUUGACAAAGUGCUACACAUGAGGCUGCUAGAUAGGAUUCACUCUCUGGAAGACUGAUCUUGCAUCAGCAACCCUUUUAAAGUGUGUGUAAAAGGCAUUGGGCUCCUCUGCACCCAAACCCCAGAGAACCCAAUGCCUUUCAUGCACACUUUGAAAGGGACAAUAAAACUAUACCUGUGUAGAUCCCCACAGCAUCUGGAGAACUUGUGAUCUCUGCCUUGGAGGCUGGUAUUAGAACAAACUUCAUGAGGGCCCAUGCUAUUAUAGGAAAAGUGCUAGCAGAUAUAGGAGACUGGCCAGACAAGAGAUGCAGAAAGCAAAGAGUGGAAAAAAGGCCUCUUCUAAUUGGCUACCAGUGACUGGUGGUGUUCUGCAGGGAUCAAUGUCGGACUGCUAUUUUACAUGUUAUACGUUAAUUACAGAGCUGAUGGCCUGGCCCACACUUAGAUCUAGUGCAUCUCACAGCACAUAGUCCUGACCUUUCAACAUUUGGUUCUGGGUGAACAAACUGUUACUUGAAAACUAAAGACGGACUUUCAUCAAAUUGAUGGGCUGCUAAUGCAAGCUGACACGUGUAUCUCUGUGUGAAGUAUGCUGCUAGGCAGCUGUUAGAGAUCAUCUUUGAUAAAUACUUCUGCAACCUUCGCAGAACUUCCUGCAGAUAAAUAAUAAUCUCAUGGUGUUAUAGGUUCACACAGCAGGAAAAUAAGCCCUUCUGCCAGUGGGUCUGCACUGAGCACUAGGCAUCUGUUUACACAGUUUGCGCUAAUUCUGUUUUCAACCCACAUUCCCAUCAACUAACCCUGUUCUCCCCAGGUUCCAUCACUCACUUACAACGACCAAUUAACCUUCCAACUAGUCGAUGCUUGGGAUGUGGGAGAAAACUGAAGCAGCCAAAGAAAAACUAUGCAGACAUGGACAAAAGGCAAAAACUCCACACAGACAACACCUAAGGUCAGGAUUGAAAAUAAAAGCAGAAAAUGCUGGACUACUCAUCAAGUCAGGUGGCAUUUGCGGGGAAAGAAGUAAAGUUAAUGUUUCCGGUUAGAGGUCAUUGUCAAGUUUUAAUUCUAAGCACUUUAGGAAGUGGGUAUCUUCACUGAGUUGGGAGUCCAGUGGCCCAUACUAUGUACAUGUGGAAUCAACAACACAGAUCAAACAAAUUGUUUUCAGGAGCAACAUGCACGAGCUGGAGGAACUCGGCAUGUCAGGCAGCAUCUGUGGAGGGAAAUGCACAGUUGAUGUUUCAAGUCAUAUAACACAAAUACUGGCCCUUUCAGCCCAUCUUGUCCAUGAUGACUAAGGUUGCCACAUUUAGCCCAUAUUCCUCUAAAUUUGUUUUAGACGUGGUAAUCUACCUCCAGGAAACGGAUUUUACAUGUUAGAGUUGCUUCAAGAAAUGAAUCCCAUCCUAAGGACUGGGUUGAGACCCUAUGUCAGGACUGCUCCCUAAAGGUCUCGUGUUCUGGAUGCGGGAGAGCCAAUUUGCAUAGUGAAAGCAAAAUUUCACCUGGAGUUGAUGGUGAAUGCAAUUUAUCUGGGAAAAAUCAGUCGUGGGUUAGAUUUUACAGGAAUAACAGUUCAUUAGGCCUGAACAUAGGCAUCCUGAGUGAAUAAUAAGCACUAUGGGGCCGUAUGAAGGAAGUCAGCUAUGACAGUUCCGGAUAACCUCUAAAAUUUCCAUCUUAUUGAGAGGGAGAGUUAGAAAUUAUCCUAGCUCACAAAUGGCACAUGGAGCAGUGCAAGUUUUUGUGUCCCCCACUCUCCAUUCUAAUCUAAUGAUCAAUUCCACACAGAACUCAAUAUGCAACAAGCCAUAACCCUCAAAAUCCUUCUUUCUGUUCCACCACUGGCUGGUUAGCAAGAAGCUUAUGUGGAUGUCACCUCACAGAGCAGGGAGAGAAGUGCCAGAGUGUGGACUGGAGCAGAAGAGGGGUAAUGAGAAGGUUGGGCUAAGCCAGUGUUGUGGGACGAAGAUACAGGUUACAAUUUAGUGCUUGGGAAGGAUGUCAGGAAUUCAAUUUGGUAGUCGUGAGGGUUUCAAGAGAGGUCAUGGUGAGGUACAAGGGGUAUGUUAACAUCUUAAAGGGGGUCUAUCACCAGGAGGGCUCAAGUAUCAAACACUGAGGUGAUGGCCCAGGGAAGUCACAUCCUCUUUAAGCCGCACAGAAGUAGGUGGACAUGUCAGAAGAAGGUAACAGAAGCUGGUGUAUGUCAUUCGGUAAGUCCAAGGCUGAAUUCUUACUGCAGUAACCUAUGUAGAAUUGUCUCUGCUGCCUGUUGAUUCAACACACGCAGAAGACCUUCAACCACGUGACAUCCAUCUUUUGGACACCAUUACACAGGUUUUGUGAAAGGCUGCCUCGGGCACUGUGGACCUGAUACAAUUUAUGAUCUUGUGGGAACUUUGUGGCAAUUCUAAUUUCCUUUACAUAGAACACCACCGGUGAUUUUGAAACACCUACCGCCCUGCUUAUUAAGAUGGCCUAUUAUUGGAACCAUGAAAACUGAAAUCUAAGGUGGCAGGGAAGGGGGAGCAGUGGCGAGAGAACAAAAUCAUUAUCUGGCGUUGUUGGUGAUUUCUGAGAGAGAGCUGAUUAAUCAGAUUUAAUCUGGCUUCUUGAUCACUCUACACCACACCCACCUCUGCAACAAUGCAGUAGAACUCUCAACAUUAAACAGACUUAUGUAUAUCUGUGUGUAACCAAUCAUUUAUAUAAAUAUGGUAACUAGUUUCCAGGCCACAUGUGUUCAAUGGCUCCCUAGUGUUCCAAUAAUGAGCUUUGUUUACAUACCUUCUCGUGACUUCAAAACCGUCAAUGCUUCUGAAUAUCAACACAUUCAAUGGAAGUAGUUUGAAAAAUGGUUCUUGCUUAAAUUAAUCCUCUGAAUGGAAAGGGAACCAGAGAUGAUCAACGCCAAAUGGCUGAAGUGGCUUCCUCUGUGACAUAACCCAUUCAGUUAAACUUUCAGAAGAUAUUACUUCCAUGCAGGGCCAGCUACUAAUGUGCAAAAUAAGUUGAGGGUUACAAUACACUCUUGUUUCUAUUUCCACAUCUGAUGUAACAUUAACACUGCUUCUCUCAAGUAACAUGCUGACUUGCUGAGUGUUUAUAUUGUUUUCGUUAGCUAAUUUCAAACUUCCAACAUCUGCUGGAUUCUUG